AUGCCUUUCAAGCACCUUACGUCCCUCUCGAUUACUAUUGAUAGCAACAAAACGACCUUGUACUACGACUACUCGCUGCGCCAACUCCUUGAGGCGCACUGCAAGACCCUCCGCAUUGUCAAGAUCAGCACCACGGACCUCUGGUCCUACCUGAACAGGUACCCCUUUGAUAUCGACCAUCCGCGUUUGCAGCUGGAUCUGCUCUGCAUCGAGUACACAUCCUUGCAUAACGACGGCUCUCAGGCUCGCUACGACCUCUUGCGCUGGGACCUCUCUUUCGCGGAUGGAGUCAAUGUCCGCAUCUCCACUGCGGACUUGCACGACGUCACUUUCGAGAUCUGGUCGAAGAGGAGGACGCCCAAGUGCGCUGUUGUUGACGUUGAGGGCUUCUACCGCGACAAGAAGAGCUGGAAGCAGUGGAAGGUCAUUGACGAGGAGGGCAACUUGCCGAAGGAAAUUGAAAACUAG